GCACACCCCCAACCACCAGCCACAAAUCCUCUAGAUGGCAGUCUGUAGAUUUACCACAGUGUGUUAUGAAUCUCCACUUACGUUGGUGAUCUGAAAUUGUAAACAAAAUGAGUUGCUUAUGGAUGGGUAAUCUCGAGCCUUACAUGGAUGAGAAGUUCAUCUCUCGUGCAUUCGCCACCAUGGGAGAGCUUGUGGUGGGGGUGAGAAUCAUCCGGAACAAAAUGAACUGGGGUGCGGCAGGCUAUUGCUUUGUUGAGCUGGCGGACGAGGCCACUGCUGAGAGGUGUCUCAGGAAAGUCAACGGAAAGCCUCUCCCUGGAGCCACACCGCCGAAGAGGUUCAAACUAAACCGCGCCACGUACGGAAGACAAGAAGAGAACAGAGGUGGUUACUCAGACAACAGGUACAAUCAGCCAUACUCAUACAACAACAGCCAGUACUACCAACAGUACCCCGACUACUACUCCAACUGGGGCUAUGACCAGAACACGGGCAGCUACGGAGGUUACAACUACAACCACUAUGACUAUAGCAAUCAGGGUUAUGGGGAGACUGAAGAUGAUGGAUUGGAGUACCCCAUGGUGACACUGGAUGUGGUGGCAGCCAACAGGCAGUACAUGGAGGAGAGUGAGGAGCUGUAUGAUGCCCUCACAGACUGCCACUGGCCUGCCCUGGAGCCUCCUGGUCCUACUGCUGCUGACCCAUCCAAGGCACAGUAGAGCUAGCAGACCCCCUGGUCGACAGACAGCAACAGUCAGACUCUCUCAACCUCUCGAUGUGGAUUGUUUGGAACAGCCCAGUGUGAAGGUUCAAAGGGUAAAGGCAUCUCGUCCUGGCUGCCAAGAGUAGCUGGGUCUUCAGUGUCUCGUACACUUGCAAUGGGCUAAGCUAAGCGAACAGACCACAGUGUCUGAUUUGUGUGAACCCAGCUCCAGUGACUGAAAGGAUGCCCCCCUCAUGUUUGAAUUUUUAUUUUUAUUGCUCACCCCCACUCAUUUUUGGGGGGUUAUUGGGCACUGGUUUGGUUCCAAUUGCCCAAUGAACAGGCUUGUUUCGGUGCUUGAUGUCUUUGUAAUCAUAUCUUCAAGGACCGCGGUGCUAGUUUGAGACUGUCUUUUCCCUCCCUCACUACCUUUUUCAUAUUUGUUGUCCACACUGGAAAAUAGAAUAAGAUUGAAAUAUAAUCCCUAUUCGACACCCUAUUCAACCUAUUGAUUAUCUAUCUAGGGCCACUUGCUUCUUAUUGUGGAGUGGAAGACUGUGUAGUAGGUGUUUUAAACCUUUCUCCUCCACGUUAUAAUUUGAAAGCUGUGGUACAGACAGAAUUGUUGAUUCUGCUUUAUGUAAAUACUCAUCAACAGAAGACAUUGUGGAAGUGCGUGUAUUCACUUUAUAAUAUCUUACAUGAAUAAUACAUUAUAAAUGCUUAAUAAAUUAAUAUAAAUACUUUUACAUUUUUUUAAUAUAAUGAAAUACUUUAAUAAAUAGGUUAUGAAUACUUAUUCUUCAGAGUUAUUAUAAGUGUAACUGUUUCAUCAAUGUCAAAUGCGAUGUCCUGUAUAGCAGGAUAUGAUGGUAUUCUUUAUGGCUAGUCUACAGAUCACCUCAUAUUACUGUAGUAGACAUACAGUAUCAGAUCAGCUUGUUCAGUGAUAAUAGCUCCAAGACCACAUGCUGACUGCAGAAAAGAAUAUCAGUAUCUACAAGCUCACAUCACCAGUAUUCAUAUUUCUUGCUUUUGAUGAUAAAUACUUGUGACAUUGAUGCUCUGAGACCGACAUGUAUUAAAAUGUGGAAUAACCUAAUUCUGAAACACAAUUCAAGGCCCUAAAAUAAUCUGUUACUCUAUUUGAAAAGAUUAACUACAAACCUGCUCUUGUAAUAAGAGUAGAGAAGCACAAAAACUAUGAUAUGUUUUUGCUCCAUGCACUUGAAAAUCCAUCUUUUACUAGUUUAAAUUCACCAGAUGCCCAGUAAUUAAUUGAGGGGAAAGUAUUCCUUCCUAGAAUACUAAAUUAUAGGCUGGAAUCAGAAUCCUGAAACAAUAGUAAAACAGCCAUUCAGUUUGCA